AUGGCUUCUCUGUCGUGGGCUCAGAUUGCUGCAAAGCACCACAAGCCUAGCUCUCUAGGCCGUCACAACUCGGGUGAUGGCUCAUUCCGGGACGAGAUACCAAGACCAGCGCUUCCGCUUCCCGUCCUAACCGCUGCUGACUUCCCUUCCCUCGUUGAGAGUGAGGACAAGGACGGGCACAGAGAGGAGCAGAAGUAUUCUGUCACCACCACCACGCCGAGGGCUAAGAGCCCUUGCACUGGAUCUGUCCACGGCUCAUGGGGUGACUUCAAUGGGGAAAGUAAUCUAUCUCCUUCCCCCUCCAAGAAGGAGAGCCCCCCCUCGACAUCGCCAACUUGUCUCUCGCCUACCACAUCUUCCGCAACUGCAGCCACAGCCGACGACGUGGACGAAGAUAUGGUCGGCAAUAGAAAAGGUCACAAAGCCGCCAAAAUGGCCGCGGAGGAAGUGGCAAGACAGGCUCGACUCCCGGCCUCCCUUGAGCUUGUCGCUUCUGUCUCUUCGUCUCCGGCUGAGAACAACAAAAUCGUCGCUGCGGCGGCUCCGCUGCCGAGACACAAGCACGAUGAGAAACGAGAUGAGGAGCACGGCGAGAAGCGCGAUGAGAGUGAGGAGCCUGGCAUGAAUGCCGUACUUAUCUCCAACGGCGAAGAGGCCGAGCUUGGUGGCCAUCGACCGGACCCAUCGGACAUGUGGAGCAGCACUUACAUCCUGAACAAUGUCAUGUUCUACCGUCCCGCCAUGCUUCUCGGCGUCAAGUCUCUGAUGAAGUACCAGAUCGGAAAUGUCCUUGAGGCAGCCAGCUCCCUGCGCGAUGCCCUAGAUGGCCGCUUCUUUUACUACAAGUUCGGAAACUGUAAGAAGCUGGCUAGCUUCGAGGUUCCCUUGCGCAUGGCGCACAUUCACCUGUACACGCAGAAUGUGGAGGAGGAGUUUGCGGAUGAGACUCGCGAGAUGAAGAUCGCUCUGGCGAAGCUCACCCUCAUUGUCCUCCCGUUCCUCCGUCGCCAGUACGGUUUCACCAACAACCUACAGAAGAUUUGGGAGGCUCUUCCGUUUCCGUGGCGCUCGGAGAUGGAGGACUUCUACCACGAAGGACUCUUGCCCGACUUCCCCAAGUGCUUCGACAACAAUCUGCAGUGGGUCGAAGAGAAAACCGAUGAUGACCAUUUCGGACCUCGAACCGUUAGCUCUGCCUCUUCCAGAACCUCCGGCAUGCCGUACUCUCAGGCUUCGAUCGGCGAGAUGACCCGUCGCCUAACCAUGGCUGGAUUCGACUCUGGCUACCGCCUUUGA